GUGUGCAGCACACAGUGGUAAGCAUAUCUAGGCUCGCUCCUGUUGCAGGCGCUGCAAUUCAUGACACUAGGUGCUUAAGUUCGCAAGUGACUCAGAUGGCCUCUCGCCGGAGGGUUGAGGAGAGCGUGUGGGUGGCGGACGUGGACGCGGCGCUGAGCGGCCAUGACCCGUCAACGGAGUCGUCUCAGUGGCAGUGGCACUGCAUCUACCGCGUGCCAGCGUGCAUCAAGCACCUGAAUCUCAAGGCCUACCAGCCGCAGGUGGUGUCCCUGGGCCCUUUCCACCACGGCGAGCCGCACCUGCUGCCCAUGGACGUGCACAAGCGCCGGUCGCUCCUCCACUUGCUCCGGCGCGCGCGCAAGCCACUGUCGGAGUUCGUGGUGGCCGUGGCCGGCGUGGCGGAGCAGCUGGAGGGCGCGUACCAGGGCCUCGCCGACGACUGGCGCGGCGCCCUCGGCUGCGAGGAGGAGAGGAGGGAGAGGUUCCUCGAGAUGAUGGUCACCGACGGGUGCUUCCUGCUGGAGGUGAUGAGGACGGCGUCCGGUUUCGAGGUGAACGACUACGCGCCCAACGACCCCGUCUUCAGCAACCACGGCCUGCUCUACACCGUGCCCUACAUCCGCCGCGACAUGAUCAUGAUCGAGAACCAGCUGCCGCUCCUCGUCCUCCACAAGCUCCUCGCCGUCGAGACCGGCAAAGAUGAGCAGAACGAGGAGUUGAUCAACCGGAUGGUGCAGAGGUUUCUAACCCCGGCUGCUUGGCCUCCGGCGACCGGCGUCGGACUGGCGCUCCACCCGCUGGACAUCCUCCGCCGGAGCCUGCUCUACGGCCCCACGCAGACGGCUCCCCCCGCGCCUCCGGAUUACGCGGUCCCGGACGACAUCAUCCGGUCCGCCGAGGAGCUCUACGAGGCGGGCGUUCGGUUCAAGCGGAGCCGGACGAGCAGCCUCCUGGACAUCAGCUUCCACCGCGGCGUGCUCCGCCUGCCGGCCAUCGUGGUGGACGACACCACGGAGUACAUGCUCCUGAACCUGAUGGCGUUCGAGCGGCUGCACGCCGGCGCCGGCAACGAGGUGACCGCCUACGUCUUCUUCAUGGACAACAUGAUCGACACGGCGGCGGACGUGGCGCUGCUGACCUGCAGGAGGAUCGUCCACAACACGGUGGGCAGCGACAAGGCGGUGGCGAAGCUCUUCAGCGGGAUGUCGAGGGACGUGGUGCUGGAGCCGCAGAGCGCGCUGGACGACGUGCACCGCCAGGUGAACGCCUACUGCCGGAAGAGGUGGAACCGCUGGCGCGCCAACCUGGUGCACACCUACUUCAAGAGCCCCUGGUCGUUCCUCUCCCUCGCCGCCGCUGUCUUCCUCCUCGGCAUGACCAUCAUGCAGACCGUCUACACCGUGCUACAGUUCUACCAGGAUGCCACCACCAGCUAGCUUAUAUCUAAGCUAUAAGUUCCACUUCUACCUUGUUCGAUUUACUCCUGAUAUUUGAGUGAAGCGUGUUUGAUCACGGUGUGGCUUUUAUCGAUAAUGUUUUAGUUGCAUCAGUUCAUGACUGUGAUGACAUUACUCAUAUGAUGUUGUCGUAGAAAAAUGAGAAUAAUAUUUUGAUCCGUGUUCAACUUA